AUAUACAGUAUCCUAAACAAAGUAUCAAUUCAUUUACAUUUUUCUUCUUGCAGCUGUGUUGUGGUAGAAGAGCACCAUGCUGUAGACAUUGAUGUUUACCACUGUCCCAACUGUGAUGUCCACCAUGGGCCCUCUCUGAUGAAGAAGCGAAGAAACUGGCACAGACAUGACUACACGGAGCCAGAUGAUGGCAGUAAGCCAGUGCAGGCUGGCACUUCUGUGUUUGUGCGGGAGCUACAGGCCAGAACCUUCCCCAGUGGAGAUGAGAUCUUGCAGCCAAUGCAUGGCAGUCAGGUCACCCAGAGAUAUCUGGAAAGGCAUGGCUUCCGCUAUCCCAUCGCUGUACAUAAAAUGGAAGGUCUCGGCCUUUGUUUACCUCCGCCAGACUUCUCUGUCAAGGAUGUUGAGCGCUAUGUCGGAGGCGACAAAGUGAUCGAUGUCAUCGAUGUGGCCAGGCAAGCAGACAGCAAGAUGAAACUGAGUGCGUUUGUGAAGUAUUACUACAGCCCUCAGCGGCCCAAAGUCCUGAAUGUCAUCAGUCUGGAGUUUUCAGACACCAAGAUGUCAGAGCUGGUGGUGGUUCCUGAUAUUGCUCAGAAGAUGUCUUGGGUGGAGAACUACUGGCCUGAUGACUCUUACUUUCCCAAGCCCUUUGUACAGAAGUACUGCUUAAUGGGCGUGAAGGACAGUUAUACAGACUUCCAUAUUGAUUUUGGAGGCACAUCUGUGUGGUAUCAUGUCCUGUGGGGUGAGAAGAUUUUUUACUUAAUAAAGCCAACCCCAGUCAACCUUGCACUAUAUGAGGAGUGGAGCUCCUCUCCAAACCAGAGUGAAGUGUUCUUCGGGGAGAAAGUGGACAAGUGUUACAAGUGUGUUGUGCGGCAGGGAACAACUCUUCUGAUCCCGACAGGUUGGAUCCACGCAGUGCUCACUUCUCAGGACUCCAUGGCCUUUGGUGGGAACUUCUUGCAUAACUUAAACAUAGGCAUGCAGCUCAGGUGUUAUGAGAUGGAACGCAGACUGAAGACUCCAGAUCUCUUUAAGUUCCCAUACUUUGAGGCCAUCUGCUGGUAUGUGGCCAAAAACCAUCUGGAGACCCUUAAGGAGCUGCGGGAGGAUAGAUGUCAACCUCAGGGUUAUCUGGUGGACGGCGUGAAAGCUUUAAUCUCAUCUCUGAAGACAUGGCUGAGGAGGGAGGUGACUCAGCCCAACAGUGAGGUUCCAGACAAUAUCAGGCCAAGCCGUCUCAUUAAAGCUCUGACCAAGGAGAUCCGCUACCUGGAGGAUGAAUCGAAUAAAGCUGGAAAAUCUCAGGGAAGUGACGAGUGCCCUUUAACGCGCUCGUCACUGGAGAAGGGAUAUCAGGCGCAGCGGGCCGCCCGGCGGCUACGAGACCAUCGCCAUCGACACCACCAUCAUCAUCAUCACAGCCACAAACUGCCCUCUAACCUGGACGUCCUGGAGCUUCACACCCUGGAGGUAUUAAAGAGACUGGAGGUCGGCCCUCUCGAGGUGGACCCAGCCUUCAGCUCUAAAGUGAAUGGCAAGUUCAAGAAAGUGUCUUCAGUGUCAGCGGUAGCUGUGGAGGCUAGUAAUGACAAUGCCCUGCGCCUGGUGCUAUGUAACGGCAAAAUUAUGCGGUGAGGGUCCUUAAUUUUUUUUUUU